CGGGGCAGAGGUCAGAGGGCAGCGGCGGAGCGCGCGCUUCGUACGGCCGCUCCGGGCGAGGAGGCCCAGGAUGGCGGAGAGACCGGAGGACCUGAACCUGCCCAACGCCGUCAUCACCCGCAUCAUCAAGGAGGCGCUUCCCGAUGGAGUAAAUAUUUCCAAAGAAGCUCGGAGCGCCAUAUCUCGAGCAGCAAGCGUAUUUGUGCUUUAUGCAACAUCAUGUGCAAAUAACUUUGCCAUGAAGGGGAAGAGGAAAACGCUGAACGCUGGUGACGUUCUCUCUGCCAUGGAGGAAAUGGAGUUUCAGCGAUUUGUAGCCCCUUUGAAAGAAUCCCUGGAAGUUUACAGGCGUGAACAGAAAGGGAAGAAAGAAGCAAGGAAAGAUAAAGACAAGAAGGCAGACUCAGAGGAGCAAGAUAAGAGCCGAGAGGAAGAGAAUGAUGACGAUGACGAAAGGAUGGAGGAAGAAGAGCAAAAUGAUGAGGAAGAGGUGGACAACUGAGCUUGCUGAUGAGACGUGCGUAGGGGUUGGGAUUUGUUCGGAGGGAUAUAAAUGCUGUAAAUCAACCUUGCUGUGUCCCCUCUUGUUUCCAGUAGAGCUUUGUACCGUUCCUCCGGGGCCCGUCCCUUUUUGGCUUUACCUUGUACAUAAAGGACUUCUGCUCAAGCUUUUCUCGUGGAAGGCCUGCUCCUCCCCGGGUUCCUGGGACCGGGCGUGUUGUGUUGGGUUGGCUCUGGAAUGGAGGGGGAAAAAAGACGUCGGAUGCUCAGUACAGAAGCUGGCUGGGAGAACUUGGGAGACUGUUGGAUAAGCUCGUUAAACCAACUCAGGGGCUGAGUCAAAUAGGUCAUUAACCCUUUGGGGUUUAGAAUUUACAUGAUGUCAGGAUGCUUGGAAGCUGAACAUAUGAGCUUUUUAUCCAAGUGAACUUGGGGUUUUUCUUCCUUCAUUUUCUUGCAUUCUGGCUGUGCCUUCUCUCCCUGCUGCAGCUGUGACGGCGAUACUGUGUCUCUGAACCGUACCACUCAUGCAGCAAUGCAGUGCAACCGUCCAAGGAGCGGUGGUCCGCUCAGCUGACUUUCUCCCCCAAACCAACCUAAAUUAAAAAAACUCCACAGCACUUACGAUUUCAACUAAAUACCAAAAGUGCUUAAAGCCCUGGAAGAGGAAUUUUCUUAAAAAUCUGAAGCAAAAUUAAUGGCUAGAAGGUGUCUCGGGGUGAUAAAAGGCGGCUGGAUCAACUGGUACGUUUGUUGGACAUCAGCUGUGGGCACCACUGGAUCCGAUGGUAUCACCUCCUCUGCAGACAGGUUGAUGGUUGCAGCAAGUUUAAAUGUGGUAGAAGAGAGUGGUGGAUUUUGGUGGGGUUUUUAUUCCAAUUAGAAUGGACUAAUUACAUCAGAGGUCCCUCGUUGGCCUUCAACAGUCGUUCCAGAGGUGCGGGCUGCCUCCCAGCGUGAUGGGCUCCAGGGCAGCGAGGACAGGACAUUCCUACCCUGGAGAGCCAGCCUCACGCCUGCGGUUUUUAAAAUAGCCUUCAAGAAAGAUGGGCUGAAACAAGCUGUUUGUGUCCUUAGUACUCAUAUAGGUUUGUUCUUUCAUACUUUAAUUCUUAGGUUUGAUGCCUUUCCUUUCUCUUCUCUGAGAAAGUUACCUAUUGGAAUAAGGGGUUUUUUGGGGAAAAAAUGCUUUAUUAUGUGACUUAUCUUUUUGAAGACUAAUAAACCUAAUAUUUGAACUUAA